GCGCGUGCCACAACCUUUACCAAAACCCCAACAGGUUUUUUCUCCGGUUUCAGAUUUCGGACGUCCACUUCUCCUCAAAGUUCGUCCUCAAUCAAUGGCACUCUAUCGAAAUUUGCGAGUUCAUCAAAUAUUUGGCGGGGGAACGGAUAUCGGCAAAACGAUCAUUUCUACUGCUCUCGUCAAAGCUUCGAUUCGUUUGGGUGAACAAACUAGCUAUCUGAAGCCCAUUGGAACAGGUCUUCAGUCUGAUGCUAGUCAUAUCACAAAGUUUGUCGGGCCGGAUGUGGACGCCAAAUGCUUGUACACCUUCCGAGACCCCGUAAGCCCUCAUCUGGCAGCAAUUCGAAUGUCCAAGGAAGCUGACAGUGUUCCACCAGUGAUUCCUAGCGAUGAAGAAUUCAUUCAUGGAGUUCAACAGCACAUCGCCAAUCGUGCCGCAUCCGUGGGUACUAAUCGAAUUGGCGCACUUUACGUUGAAUCGGCCGGAGGUGUUCACUCGCCCACGCUUUCGGGAUCGUCUCAAAUGCUGGCUUACCGUCCCUUAAGGAUGCCGACUAUCCUCAUCGGCUCACAUCACCUAGGUGGAAUUUCAUCAACGAUCUCGGCAUACGAGUCCCUCAAGCUCCAUGGUUAUGACAUUGACGCACUUGUCUUACUACGAGAAGAUUACUAUCGUAACUGGGAAUAUCUCGAAGGAUGGGCUCAAGAGCGUUCCCUUUGCUUUGGUGUUCUGGACCAACCGCCCGAUCGGAUCAUGGAUGGAACUAUAGAAGAUGAGGCAGCUGAUAGAUCUCAAAUGAUUGAAUAUUAUCAACGCGUGUCGCAAACUGAACAUAAUACCUCUAUCACUGCUCUCGUGCAGAGUCUACAGACUGUACACUCUAAUCGUUUGAAGGAAUUUGAUAGUAUGCCGACUCGUGCGCUCAAUAAAAUUUGGUGGCCGUUUGUUCAACACUCCACCGUGACUAGACCUUCUGAUGUAACGGUGAUCGAUAGCGCAUCGGGAGAUUUUUUCUUGAAGCAUCAACCCAAAUCACCUGACCAAACCAGCGAACCAUGUCAAUCUUCGUUAUCCUUACUGAAUCCUGCGUUCGACGGCUCUGCCUCCUGGUGGACUCAAUCUCUUGGACAUGCUCAUCCCGAGAUCGCACUCAGCGCAGCACAUGCUGCUGGACGAUACGGCCACGUACUGUUUCCACGAUGCAUCCACCCCCCGGCAAUGCACUUGACGGAAUGGUUGCUCAACAACGUCGGUAAGGGCUGGGCGGACCGAGUGUUUUUCAGCGACAAUGGGAGUACGGGAGUUGAAGUGGCCUUGAAGAUGGGCUUGGCUAGCUACAGCCGGCGGCAUCACUUAUCUGAUUCCCAACGGCGGACACUCGGGGUACUUGGUCUUCGGGGUAGCUACCACGGAGACACCAUCGGAGCCAUGGACGCAAGUGAACCCUCGGUCUACAACUCAGAGGUUGAUUGGUACAGUGGUCGAGGCUUUUGGAUGGAUCCACCGUGUUUGACCCUCAUCGGUGCUGGCAAAGCGCGCAUCGAAGCUCGUGGUGAUCAAUGGAAACAGGCGCCAAUCUCCAAAAUCUACGAAGGUCUCCAUCAAGUGUUUGAUAUCGCCACUCGGCUUCGCGAAGACCCUCUUGCGAAUAUCUACCGCGCUCACCUUACACGGAUUAUCGGCCAAGCUCGUCAAAGCAUGUGCUUUGGCACACUCAUCCUCGAGCCUGUAGUGAUGGGAGCGGGUGGUAUGAUCUUUGUCGACCCUCUUUUUCAACAUGUACUAGUACAAUUUGUGCGGGACCAAGCUUCACUUUUUGAUCCCCAUCGAGCAGCUAUCUCACAAUCUGGCGAAGACCGUCCCCCAGAAGGAAAUCAGUCACAUGACGAUUGGAACGGUUUACCUGUGGUCUUUGAUGAAGUCUUUAGCGGACUAUACCGUUUGGGCCAUUCCACCGCUGCUACUUUACUCGGCUCGAUCCAUCCAGAUAUUGCUGUUUAUAGCAAGAUCCUCUCAGCAGGAACAGUGCCUUUGAGUGUCACACUUGCUCGCCGGACUAUCUUUGAGACUUUUCUAGCACCCUCUACCCCUCGCGCACUACUACAUGGUCAUUCUUAUACUGCUCAUCCUAUCGGGUGUUCUGUUGCCCUGACCGGACUUCGUCUACUCGCACGCUUGGAUGAUAAUGGACAAUGGGAUCAAGCAAGAACAAAUUGGACUCAAAAAACAAAAUCCUUGACCUGGAGUUUGUGGACGCCUAGCUUUAUUAAUCGGAUCUGUACCUCAGAUCGAGUCGAGAGUGUAAUGUGUCUUGGAACUGUCUUGGCAAUUUACCUUCGCGAUCAGGAUAGCGGAUCCGGAUAUACGUCUCAAGCUGCAUCCCAACUGCUACAGAAAAUCCAGCAACAACAGGAAUUACUCUCUUCUCGGAUGUCUUUAGAGAACUCAACGAGUUUAUCAUUCGAAAUCCAUGCUCGUCCACUUGGGAAUGUAGCUUAUUUGAUCUGUAGUUUGAAUACAGAAGCAUCAAAUAUCGAGAAAGUCGAACAAGCUAUUGAGAAGGCUAUCUUUGCUUGAUUUUCAACUUGUACAUAGAAACGUCUUGUAUGGUCAUGAACAAACGGAUUUGCAUACCCGUGU